UUUAUCAGUUCCACCCAAAAGGGAGAUGAUGAUUAUGAAGAUUACACUUCAAAUAAGACUUGGGUUUUGACUCCUAAAGUCCACGAGAGUGAUGUGACUCUUAUUUUAAAUGGCUUGUUGGAAGGAUAUGACAACAAGUUGAGACCUGACAUAGGAGUUAAACCGACAAUAAUUCACACUGACAUGUACGUAAAUAGCAUUGGGCCUGUGAAUGCCAUCAACAUGGAAUAUACAAUUGAUAUAUUUUUCGCCCAAACGUGGUAUGACAGACGUCUGAAGUUCAACAGCACUAUAAAAGUGCUCAGAUUAAACAGCAACAUGGUUGGGAAGAUCUGGAUACCAGAUACAUUUUUCCGAAAUUCGAAGAAAGCUGAUGCUCAUUGGAUAACAACUCCUAAUAGGAUGCUCAGGAUCUGGAAUGACGGCAGAGUCUUGUACACAUUGAGGCUGACAAUUGAUGCAGAGUGUCAGCUACAGUUACACAACUUCCCAAUGGAUGUGCACUCCUGCCCCCUGGAAUUUUCAAGCUAUGGCUAUCCAAGAGAAGAGAUCAUUUACCAGUGGAAGCGCAGCUCAGUGGAGGUGGGGGACACCAGGUCCUGGAGGCUUUACCAGUUCGCCUUCACAGGAUUAAGAAACACAACUGAGGUGGUGAAAACUACUUCAGGAGACUAUGUAGUCAUGUCUGUUUUCUUUAACCUGAGCAGGAGAAUGGGUUAUUUCACUAUUCAGACCUACAUUCCCUGCACACUUAUUGUUGUCUUGUCCUGGGUCUCUUUCUGGAUUAAUAAGGAUGCAGUUCCAGCCAGAACAUCACUGGGUAUUACAACUGUCCUGACAAUGACCACCCUCAGUACAAUUGCUCGUAAAUCUCUUCCCAAGGUCUCCUAUGUGACAGCAAUGGAUCUUUUUGUGUCAGUCUGCUUUAUUUUUGUUUUCUCUGCACUGGUGGAAUAUGGAACUUUACAUUACUUUGUCAGCAAUAGAAAGCCAAGCAAGGAUAAAGACAAAAAGAAGAAAAACCCACUUCUUCGGAUGUUUUCCUUCAAGGCACCUACUAUUGACAUCCGCCCCCGAUCAGCUACAAUUCAAAUGAACAAUGCUACACACCUGCAAGAAAGGGAUGAAGAAUAUGGGUACGAGUGUCUCGAUGGCAAGGACUGUGCCAGUUUUUUUUGCUGCUUUGAGGAUUGUCGGACGGGGGCGUGGAGGCACGGCAGGAUACACAUCCGUAUUGCCAAAAUGGACUCCUACGCCCGCAUCUUCUUCCCAACUGCCUUCUGUUUGUUCAACCUGGUCUAUUGGGUAUCGUAUCUUUACCUUUGAAGGCAGAAGGAAAUCAGUGAUACGAGCCUUACUCACUGAAUUUCUUAGAGAGAUGGUUUCCUAAAUUCACUUGAAGUAUUUCUGAUGCGCUUUAUAAUGGUCUGAAUUCUUUAGUGCCAUAAUCCCGUAAAUAUCAGUCACAUCAUUUGUCCAAAAAUUGCCAUCUGGUUAUUGUGAGUUAUAUGUCCAUUCCACAUGCCAAAAAUAAUUUGGAAAUAAAAUCAUAUGGACAGGUAAUAUACAGCUGCACCUUCUGGAAUAGAGAGAAAUGAGGAGCACAGCAACACCGCUUAACAGCUGGUACUGCAAUUUUAAACAGGAGAGGGAGAGAGAGAGAGGAGAUAAAGUGCUGUACAGUUGGCUAACAUUGGCUACAAUUAUGCUAUAGCUUUAUUCUCUGUGGGCUUUUCUUUUUGGAAGAGUCAUCUCUCACUUUGAAUAGGUAUUAUUAAGCUAGGAAAGUUAACUUCUACUCCUACCAAGAUGAAAAUGCCAUUCCUUUAAGAGCACAUGUAUACUGCUGUAAAUAUUUCAAUACCUUGUAGUACAUAAAGUCUAGUGCAUGCAUCUUUUGGGGGCCAAAAUAAAAGAAAAAAGGUACCAUGAAGUUUUGUCUUUUGUUUUGUGUCUCUGGAUGUGCUAUUGUAAUUGAAAUGUGGACAGAACUUUUUUUUUCCUUGAAAAAUUGCCCCUUUCCCUCAUGCAUGGAAGAUCCAAGCAGACAGCACUUUCAUGUAAGACAUUAGAGAAGCCUUAAGGAUUCAAAUAAAUAACAUGUAGACAAAUCUGUAUGGCCAAUAUAAUAGCUCACAAAGUGUAAUGUAUGUGUCUGCUGCAGUUGUAGCCUUCAUUUGCCAUUGAUAGUUCAACUGAAUCUCCAGUAAUUAUACAUUGCAAGAUCAGCUUCCGAAUUUAAUCCACGUGCUUCUAUUGUUCCUUUUCCUAUGUUAAGCUCUACUUUUUUCCUUACACAAGUGUUUGUGGGGGUCUUUUAUUCUUUAAACCAGUCCAGGAAAUAGCUUUUAUUCUAGACAUUAUUUUUACAUAAGAGCUUCAAGUUAAUUUUGAAAUAUUAGACUUUGUAUUAUAUAUACACACACAGUUCUCUGCCCCUUCAUGUCCUUGAUUAGCAAUAGUCGUUGUCAGUGCUGCUUUCACUCAGUGAGUACCUUUACUAAAACAAACCUUUCCCAUGGCUAGCACAGUUUAUAGAUAGCCUUGAAAAUAAAAGGGACCAAAAGGGUGUCUUGGCUACUAAACCAUGUGUAUGCAGUUAUGUGAAUUUAACACCUUCAACCCACCUGGGUGAAUCUUGAAAACCAUUUAUCCACUGGUUUUCAGAUCUUGUAUGAUGCUCAAUUAUGCAACCUUAAGCACAUGUAAAUAAGACUGACCUUUUUUUUUUUACUUGUAAAAUGUCGCCUCCAGGAAAGUGGGCUUGCAGCUUGAAAAGGGAGAUCUAUAACCUAUCAUUACAGAAUUACUACUAGUUAAAACGGAAGAAAAGGAAAGUUUUCAAAUGUUUGUAUAGUUCUGGAAAUAAAAAUGUAUAAAAAAGGAAUAUCUCUUCAUCGAUUGCUCCUUGUCCAAUGUAUUUGAAAACAUUUUAAUAAAGGAAUUGCACACACCUGUGGACUUUUUCAAUAAAACUGCUGCACUCAA